GCACAGUAACUAUCAAACAGCUGUUUGUGUCGUUUGUGUCAGAUCUCAGCAGGAGGGUUAGCCGGAUAUCGUCUAAUAAUUAAAUUGUUUAGCGAUUUAACCCACCUGCAACUUUAUACACAAGAAUAAAAGAUCAGACGGCACUAUGGCGUUCUCAGGGCUAAAGAAACAGUUCAACAAAGCCAAUCAGUAUAUGACGGAAAAAAUGGGUGGUGCUGAAGGAACAAAACUCGACGUAGACUUCGUGGACAUGGAGAGGAAAACGGACGUCACCUACGAGUUGGUGGAGGAGCUGCAGAUGAAAACGAAAGAGUUUCUCCAGCCAAAUCCCACAGCAAGGGCAAAAAUGGCUGCUGUUAAGGGCAUCAGUAAAUUAAGCGGACAGGCCAAGGCCUCGACUUACCCUCAACCAGAAGGUGUUCUCGGGGACUGCAUGUUGAUGUACGGAAAGAAAAUGGGCGAAGACAGCAUUUUUGCUCAAGCCUUGAUCGAGAUGGGAGAGGCCAUGAAGCAGAUGGCCGACGUGAAAUAUUCCUUGGACGACAACAUUCAACAAAACUUUUUGGAACCUCUGCACCAUCUGCAGACUAAAGACCUCAAAGAAGUCAUGCAUCAUCGGAAGAAACUCCAAGGACGUAGGCUGGAUUUCGACUGCAAAAGGAGGCGCCAAGCGAAAGCCGCAGGAAAGAUGUCAUCGAGUCCACAUUGCGGAAGCCCAGCAAGGGCAAGUCCUUCGACUCAUGUUGGUUCUCACGUUUCAGACGAUGAGAUUCGCAUGGCUGAAGAGAAAUUCGCCGAAAGUCUUCAUCUUGCCCAGAUGGGCAUGUUUAACUUACUAGAGAACGAUGUAAGUUCAGUCGAGCAAGUGGCACAAUUAGCAACAUUCAGCGAAGGCCUUCUCGAAUAUCACCAACAGUGCGUCGAAAUUCUGAGGGUAUUAACGGAAACGCUCCUGGAAAAGAAAGACGAGGCGGCGAAUCGUCCGAAACUGAACUUCAUACCGAAAACGUUAGCUGAUCUCCAUGUGGACACAUUGUCAGAUGGCAUGAAUGGUGGGAACUUCUCUGUUCACGGGUCAAGAGCCGGGUCUCCGGUCUCUGGAGAAGGGAAGCGCUCACAACUCGAGCUUUUUCCGGCCGGAAACCCGCCGUCUGCUAAUGCUUCUCCUUUGCCAUCGCCAAGCAAAUCUCCGGCAAGAACACCAAUGGCAAAGCAGCCUUGCUGCACGGCACUUUAUGACUUCGAGCCUGAAAAUCCUGGAGAGCUCGGCUUCAAGGAAAAUGAUACUAUCACCUUGAUCCAGAAAAUCGACGACAAUUGGUACGAGGGCAAUGUGAAUGGUCGUACGGGUUACUUCCCAGUGACUUACGUACAAGUCGUGGUGCCUUUACCCUAAAAGAGCACUGGCUAUUUAGAAGCCAAAGAAAAGUCUGCGUUCGUUCAUUCGCGUCUAUCACAAGCCUAUACCUACAAUGCUCCUAACCUAGACCACAUUAUAUACACACUUGACUUACGUUAUCUUUUAAAUUCAAAUUUGAAGCUUCCUUCGUUCGUUAUACGAUCCCGAGUUCAAUAUUCCACCAAUAACCACCUCUAUACGCAUGUUAAUGUACAUAAAUAUGUAAUAACGUUAUAGUCUUUUAUAGGCGUAAGGAAAACUAUUCACAAGCAGGCACACUGAGACAUAUUUAAGCAGGGGUAACAUUUAUUAUAGGUUCAUUUCAAAAUCUAUACAUGCAUUUACCCCGCUUGUAAAUUAUUAUUAUUAUUACUCACAGUAUAUCACGACGCAAUUCAAUUACAGUGGACCAUUUUUAUUUUUUCAUUCGUCAAACUCAUCGGAUCAGGACGUAUGGGGGGACCUUUUCUACAGUGGAUAAUGCAAUCUAGAGUGGAUAAUCAUUAAUUAAGAGCAAAAA